UUUAUUUUUCAUUUUGACCUCCGUGGAUGACAACAUGGUUCCCACUGUUGUGUAGCAGCCUUGUUCAUAUAUGUUGCCAGACAAAAUACGUUUCCCCCCCCCCGCCUUCCCCUCCAGUGGCUGACGAGGUCGCGUGUCGCCCUCACAGGGUGGAUAUCAACAGAGAUAAGAGCGUCAGCGCCAAGGAGAUGCAGCGCUGGAUCAUGGAGAAGACGGAGGAACACUUCCAGCAGGCCGUGAAAGAAAACAAGCUGAGCUUUCGAGCCGUUGACCCCGAUGGCGAUGGUAGGAGACUGUACCCUCAAAUUACACCGUUUCCCUCCCAGGAGGUCCUGGAUAACCUGAAGGACCGCUGGUUCCAGGCCGACGGCCCCCCGGCAGACCAGCUCCUCAACGAGGAGGAGUUCCUCUCCUUCCUGCACCCCGAGCACAGCCGCGGCAUGCUCAAGUUCAUGGUCAAGGAGAUCGUCCGCGAUCUGGGUGAGUACAUGGACCCCAUGAACGAGUACAACGCCCUGAAUGAGGCCAAGCAGAUGAUCGCAGUGGCGGACGAGAACCAGAACCGCAACCUGGAACUGGAGGAGAUCCUCAAGUACAGCGAGUACUUCACUGGGAGCAAGCUGAUGGACUACGCCCGCAACGUGCACGAGGAGUUCUGAGGCACCUCCCUCUCCCUCCCCUCCCCCUUCCACCCCCACCCCCACCCCCCACCGCGUUCCCAGCAAAGUAUGUCGACUUUUCACGGCGAGUCGAUCCCACACUCUCGGAGCAACAGCAUGUGCCUCGUGCAUCGGACUGCCUCUUGUCCUCGUGCGCUUCAUCCUGGUGCCGGAUCGCUCGGAUCUGAUCUGGAAUGAUUUGCGGUGACCUCGCUUUGCGUUUCCUCAGGCCCUGAUGAUGUACUUCCCCUCUGCGGUACAUCUGUAGCUGGGAUGGGCAGCCCCAGCCCAGAAAGCCCAGAGUCCUGCAUGAUUUAAAGGUACUUUUCAAUUAGCAGCUUAAGAUCUAAAACAUGGCUGAUUGGCUUCUUAUCUGAUUGAUUACUUCAAUUAAGUAAGAAGGGGAAUGAAAACCAGAGAGACUACAGCCCUAAAAGACUGGGAUUUGCCUAACUCUGGUGCAGGAGAGUGAAAGCAGUAUGAUUGUUCUACUAAAAUCGAGUUCUUAAGUAGGUGUGCAAUCAGACAACAGACAGGAAAGUCACUGUUGACCGUGCGUUUUUCUGGAUUUCUUGCUCGUUUCCAUUCCUUAAGAUGAAUUCAGUGCAUUACAGAAGCUGGAUGGCCUACUUUAUUGUGUGGUUGUGAUUACAUCCGUUCAAGCUGAUAUGAGAGCAAUCUUCAGAGCCCACCUUAUUGUCGAGGGCCUGUGCAUUUGUACGAGUCCAUCCUCAUUAGUGAAUAAAUAACAGUCCGAUUUCCUUUUGUCACUGUUGCUAACAUUGCAGUGCCCUUUCAUAAAAUGGAUUACCACUAAAUAAAAACUUUGGUUUUAUUCCUCUUAGAGGUAUGGCUAGGAGCUAAAGGAAACCAAAUGAUAGAUUCCUAUAGCAUGCUUAAAACUCCAGGCUAAAUACUGGUACGUUUCAACAACAGCUAAGGGGUUCAUCUUGCAGCUUUUGUAGUAUUUGAAAACUGUCGUUUAAAAUUGUUCUCUUGGUAUGACAGAUUGUUUCUCAGAGCUUCAAAAAUGAUCUGUGGAUUUCCUGUGUUUUGUCAUCUAAUCUGUAAAGCAUUUUACAAGAGACCUUCGACACUUUCUGACAAGAGUCAGUGUUGUCUCAUGCCUUAUGACAGCUAAUCAGAAUCCAGGUCUGGCUUCUCUGUAACACUUGAUGUAUGUAUCCUUGCAUUAAUAUGAACCUUUAAGAAUUGCUUUAAGAAACUUUUUUUAGUGCACCUUAACAACUGAGCUCUGUCCUUUUUGUACAGAUACAUGGGUAGCUUUUCUUGAGAUUCAGUAGAAACCAGGAACUGUGCAAGUUCAUACAAAUCUACAUGCUUUAAUUUGGGGUUUAAAGCUCAGAGCUUUAAAACACACACAGACAGUGCUUAAAGUUGUAAAAAGUUAAGUUAAAAUGUCCCGACAGAAAAAAAAGGAAAAUAGUUUGUCCAUAUAUUUGGCCUACCAUAAUUUUCAAUUUUACAUUCAUGCUAGGUUUUCUUCUCUGGUUUUGAACUUCAUGAUAUAUUUGUUCUGUGACAUUAACAGACUGUGUUUUUGUGGAGUGGCAAAAGAUCUACAUAAUGAUGAUGAUGAUGAUUCAAAAUAAUAAAAGUCUGUGUAAAUAUCAGCAACAGUGA